AUGCCUUGGUCAUCGCAGAACAUGGUUGUCAUGAUCUGGUAUGGUUGCCGGUCGGGGGGCGUGGCCGGAAUGCUGCUGAUGGGGGUCAAAGCCUGCGGACUGAACUUUGCCGAUCUGAUGGCCAGGCAAGGAGUGUACGAUCGCCUGCCAUCCCUGCCAGUCUCCCUGGGUAUGGAGUGCUCCGGCAUCGUUGAGGAGCUGGGAGAGGGGGUGACAGACAGACAGGUUGGAGAUAAGGUUAUGGUCCUCAACAGAUUUGGUUUAUGGCAAGAGCUGGUUACUGUUCAGACUAGCCACACAUUUAUCAUGCCAGACGGAAUGAGCUUUGAAGAAGGUGCAGCCUUGCUGGUGAACUAUGUAACUGCCUACAUGAUACUGUUUGACUUUGGCAAUCUGAGGCCAAAACAAAGCGUCCUUAUCCACAUGGCAGCAGGUGGUGUUGGUACUGCAGCAACACAGCUCUGUAAAACUGUGGAUGAUAUUACAAUAUUUGGGACCGCUUCUUCUUGCAAGCAUGAAGCACUUAAAGAACACGGUGUCACUCAUCCCAUUGACUACAGGACGAGUGAUUAUGUGGAUGAACUUCGGAAAAUCUCCCCUAAAGGUGUAGACAUAGUGAUGGAUCCCCUGGGAGGUUCUGACACUUGUAAAGCCUAUAACCUGCGGAAACCUAUGGGAAAACUGGUAAUUUAUGGAGCUGCCAAGAUGUUGACUGGACAAAAGAAGAACCUUGCUGCCUUGGCAAAGACUUGGUGGAACCAGAUCAGCAUAAAUGCUAUGCAGCUUAUUCCAUCGAACAAAGCGGUGUGUGGCUUCCACCUGGGCCACUUGGAUAAUGAAACCGAGCUGCUCACCGAUGUUGUGGUUAAACUGCUUGACAUGUACAAGCAAGGGAAGAUCAAGCCCAAGAUUGACAGCAUAUAUCCUUUUGAGCAGGUUGGUGAUGCCAUGAGACAGAUGCAGGAGAAGAAAAAUGUUGGUAAAGUGAUCCUGGUCCCUGAAGUGCCAAAAGAAGAAGCAAAAAAGGAAGAGAAUUAGAGCUGCAGAAGCGAGCGCUGAGUCCUGCAGAUUGUGAAAACUGUCCUGUGUGUGUUUGGGGAAGAAUGUCUGAGCCCUCUUGUCAAAUGCCUAUAUACCUGCUCACUUGCUAGUAGGUUCUACAAGAGCAUUUGGGUG